GAAAAGAUAACGAUCCAUGGAAUCGUCUUUUCGUGCGCAGAGCUGUCACUUGGUUGGCCUGCAGCAUUGCACUUGGAAUCACGUCAUGCUACUGUGGUCCCCUGAAUUACUUCGUUGCUUUGGCGUUAUUCGAUCCGGUUCAGGGAAGCAACGGGUGAACCGUGUAUGUUAGCGAGGCGGUGGAAGUUGGAUUGCUCGAUGUCAUUCAGUGAGGUUGUUGUUAGACGUUGUGGGGAUUCAUCUAGCUUGCCUUUUAGCCCGUAACAAAGUCAUUGGGUCAAUCUGACACGAUCGGAGGUGAUCACCUCUGCGUUACGACAACUGCGACACAAGGUAGGUUCAGUGAAGUCAUUCUGAAUCUAACGCGGAUUAUACAGACAUCCUUUAUGAGUAUUGCAAGACGUUGGGCCUUGUUGCAGAUAACCAGAGGGCUGUAGCAAUUUCUUAACAUGCCAGUGGGAUCAUCCACUGUGAUCUAUGUGGUCUGUGACCAAUUACAUGCCGCCUCUCCAUUGAGAGAACUCCUUGCUAGACAGAAGGACGAUCAGAUGUGGGCUCGAUUUCCAGUGACCUCGAGCCAAUGGUGUCAUGUCAUGAUUCUAGGGAGUGUGAACCAGCAGGAGCAUUGAGAAAUCGCUGGAUGUUUUCUAUCGCAUAAAAUUAGAAUUCGUGCAUCCCUGAAAACCAGAAUGAGUUUAAAAGGGAUGCUGCUAGUGUGUCUCCUGUACUUAGGUUCCCAGCCCCAAUAUGUGCGAAGCUCUUGUGUGGGCUUGCGGAGGAGAUUAGGAGCACCGUUUCAAACGCACUUCCCAAUCGCAUCCGAUGACAGCGCUAGCGAACGGCAGCUUGUCUACAGAAGAGAAUUAGCGGCAGCAAACACACCUUUGGCGAAUUUCAGGUCGCUGGCACCGAGAGACGAUCGCCUGGACCCGUUUGAUUAUUUCAACCAUUAUCGCGGGGGAUACGACAUCAAGAGCAAGCACUACUGGGGAUCUGUAGCUUUUACAGGAAUCCCUGGAUACGCCAUUGCAGCGGCGUGGCUGGUGUUAGGGCUACUCGACCUCCUUGCUCUUCGCUGCUGCUGCUGCAGAUGUCUCUGGGGAUGGAUGUCAUCCAAAGCUUCGAAGUGGUUACGCUCAAGAGCUCACUACUGUGCACCUCGAACUAUUCUCUCCCUCCUCUCUACCAUUUCAGUUGCCGGCUGCGUGGUUUUGUUUGUAGCAUGCCAAAAGUUCACCUCGCAGGCUUCCAAUGUGGAGGACGUACUGGUAAAGGCCGCUCUAGACGCCACGAACGAUAUUCACAGCAUUACUGGCACACUCCACGAAGUGAAGCACAGUGUGUUGCAUUAUGACAGACAGUUAUACCAGACCCUCAACUCAACGGCGACGAAGCUAGACAGCAUCGCCGUUGCUGUAAACGAGAAGACUUUUGUCACCAAGAAGAUUUACCAGAAAGUGCUUACAAUUGUUGAAGUUGUGUUACUUGUGGUGGCAUCAUUAGAUCUUCUGCUCAUCCUUCUUGGAUUCGUGUUCAAGGAAAAUGAGUCUCCACGGUGUCCCAAAAGGUUGAGAUACAGAAGGCUAACUAAUGAUCUGGAGAAAUUUGAUGACUUGAGGGGCACAGCAUCGACGUUUCUGAAGUGGAGGUGCUUUUUCCACAUUAUCGUGGUCACGUGGACGUUAACGGCCUUGACAUGGAUUAUGUUCGGAUUUUUUCUCACAGUUCAUUAUAUUGCAGACGACACCUGCUUAGCUUUCAAGGAAUAUCUUCAACACCCGCAGGACACAACCAUUGAUGAUUUGCUUCCGUGUGCAAAUUUGGCUUCAUCGGAUGUGCAGUUCUUGCAAAUGCGGAAGGCCAUGAAAUACGUAAUUGGGGAGACGACUGAUCAAUUUCUGUUCUAUACCAAUGGAUCCACUGACUUGACAGGAGUUUGUGAUCCGAUUGGUCCCGCUCCGAAGUUCGAGUUCACUGACGUUUGUGCCAACGACACACUACCGGUCGGCGAAUUGUCUAAUCUUGUCAAGCCUUUCGUGUGCAACGGCAAUCAAAUUGAGUGCUUGGAGGAUUACCCAUUCUUUGUCAACCAGUCUACUUAUGAUGCAAUUUCUGCAUUGACACGAGCUUUGCAAAGUAUCUUGGACGCCUUCCCACUGAUGGAGGGACUCACCAACUGCUCCCUUGUGCUGAACCCAAUCAAAACUGUCGUGAACGUGCGCUGCGACCCUGCGAAGAUAGCCAUCAACCGGGUCUGGAUCGCAUUCGCAGUGGUGUCAUCCACCCUGGUCUUGCUCAUUAUCUCCUGGUGCCUAGCCAACCACCAGAACUCGGAGCAACGCCACCUUAACAGCGUCGCACCUCACCAGUCUCCACCACCACCACCGUCAAGGUCAUCCGUCCAGAGGUGAACUGCGCCAGUUUUAUGUCGAUUCUCAACAAACCCUUGCAACUGUAUCAUCCUCUAUCCAAGUCUCUCUCUAGACUUAGAACUCUUCCCAUAUAUGCUGCUUCAAAUUCAGGCGAAAAGAGCUCAUCGAAACUUGCAUCGCUCGAGCGUGCCACUCCCAACAUCGAGAAUGCUGGGAGGUGCUAAACCUGGUUAAUCCAUCGGGUCCACAUGCAUCCACCAUUCCUCCUGGGAAGCUCCUCCAAGUCUGAUACGGCGUUUUUCAACAUCUCAUGGGACGCCGAAAUUUGCCUUUUGCUGCAGGACUAGAGGAUCGUACGGAAUAUAUUAGAAGAUGGUGCCUUUGAAAGUUGAGACAACCCAAGGCCUUAAUGGCAGCUUAGUUGUUAACUUUUCAAAGUGUGUGACAAAUCAAAAUGUAUUAAUUAAUUCAAAAAUUAGAAUUGACAAAUACUGUGAUUUUAUUCAAGGUUACAUUA